UCUGAUCCCCUCCGCUCUAUCCGAAUCAACCUCUUUCCCUCCAUAAACCUCUCCGCGCCCCGGCGAUGCCAUCCAUGGCGUCCUCCGCCUCUUCUUCCUCUUUCUCUUCUGUCGCCGCCAUCCGCCACCCCCAUGUUCUCCAUGGCAAGAUCGCCUCCCCUCCCAAACCACCCACUCAUCCAUUCUCCGCGCGGCGUCCACCCCGCGCGCAGCUCGUCGGCGCCGCGUCCACCCCCCGCACCUCGCAGGCAGAGCUCCGUCCGGACUCCAAGAACGCCUCCGCGCUGUCCGCCGAGCUCCGCCGCCUCGCGCGCGCGGGGCGGCUCCCGUCCGCGCUCUCCCUCCUCGACCACCUCUCCCACCGUGGCGUGCCCGCCACCGCCUCCGCCUUCGCCGCACUCCUCUCGGCCUGCCGCUCCCUCCCGCACGCGCGCCAGGUCCAUGCGCACCUUCGCGUCCACGGUCUCGACACUAACGAGUUCCUACUCGCCCGGCUCGUCGAGCUUUACCUCGCGCUCGGCGCCGCCGACGAUGCGCGCGGGGUGCUCGACGCGAUGCCGCAGCGUGGAGCGACCGCCUACUCGUGGAACGCGCUCCUGCACGGGCACGUUCGCCGUGGCCGCGGCGAGGCAGCGGGCCCUGUCGCUGACGCGUUCGCGGAGAUGCGCGCCGCAGGGGCCGAUGCCAACGAGUACACCUACGGCUGUGUGCUCAAGUCCAUCUCUGGGAGCGCCAGGCCGUCGAUGGCCAUGGCCACCGCCACACACGCGACGCUCAUCAAGAACGCGUUCGCUGGCGCGCCGGGGAUGCUGAUGACUGGGCUAAUGGAUGUCUACUUCAAGUGUGGGAAAGUGAAGCUUGCUGUUAGGGUGUUCGAGGAAAUGACCGAAAGGGAUGUCGUCGCAUGGGGGGCGGCCAUUGCUGGAUUCGCGCACAAGGGGAUGAAGAGAGAGGCGCUGGAGCAUUUCCGGUGGAUGGUAGAGGACGGGGUCAAGGUCAACUGUGUGGUGCUCACGUCAAUUGUGCCGGUCAUCGGAGAGCUGCGGGCGCGGAACUUGGGUAGAGAAAUUCAUGGAUUUGUGGUGAAGAAGUUUGGAGAUCGUAAAGAUAUUGCAAAGGUCUAUGCAGGGUUGGUUGACAUGUACUGCAAAUGUGGCGAUAUGGUCUCAGGUAGGCGAGUGUUCUAUAGCAGCAAGAACAGGAAUGCUGUGUCGUGGACAGCUUUGAUGUCUGGGUAUACAUCCAAUGGCAGGCCAGACCAGGCGCUGCGGUGCAUAGCUUGGAUGCAGCAAGAAGGAAUCAGGCCAGACCUCAUUGCAGUGGGGACUGUCCUCCCAGUUUGCACAAAGUUGAAAGUAUUGAGGGAGGGGAAGCAGCUCCAUGCUUACGCUUUAAGGAGGUGGUUCCUGCCCAAUGUCUCCUUGUGCACAUCACUGAUCACCAUGUAUGGUUCCUGUGAUCGCUUGGAAUACUGUCACCGGGUGUUCCAUGAUAUGGACAAGAAGACCGUACAAGCUUGGACUGCAUUGGUUGAUGCCUAUCUCAAGAAUGGAGACCCAUUGACUGCUGUUGAUUUGUUCAGAUCGAUGCUGCUGACAAACCGUAGGCCGGAUGCUGUUGCCUUUACCAGGAUGUUGAGUGCCUGCUGUGAUAUUGGGGCAUUAAAACUUGGCAAGGAAGUGCAUGGUCAGGUGCUAAAGUUGCGGAUGGAACCUCUCCCUUUGGUGGCAGCAGAACUAGUAAACAUGUACGGAACGUGCGGAGACCUCAAGGCAGCACAGAGGGUUUUUAAUCGAACUGAGUCCAAGGGAUCCCUGACUUGCACUUCAAUAAUAGAAGCUUAUGCAAUCAAUCAGAAGCAUAAGGAAGCACUGGAUCUUUUUGCUUGGAUGCUGUCAAAUAAAUUUGUUCCUACCAAGGCUACUUUCGACGUGGUUCUGAGAAUCUGCAAUGCUGCAGGGUUACAUGAUGAAGCCCUUCAAAUUUUUAACUCCAUGGUGCAAGAAUACAAACUGGAAGCAUCUCAAGAGAACUUUGACUGCAUCAUCCACCUUCUUGUUGGUGCCGGUAGGAUUUCAGAAGCACAGCGGUUUGCUGACCUGAAAUCUACUCUGUUUAAUUUACCAACUCCAGUUUUGGACUCUGAACAGCAGUGAUUUUUUACAGAUAUAUAAGGUGUCACCCUCCAGAAUAACUUGCUUCAUGCUGAGGACUGCUACCUACCUUGAAGCUUGAAGAUGCAAUAUCAGCAUGGUGAGCAUUAUACGAAUGGGCAGAUCUCCCAGCACCCCUGCUAUCAC